GGCAGUAAUGCAUGCCCCUUGCCUUAACAUCCGUUGAGGGAGGCAUUGGGGGCUAAUCAGUAGAAGAAACCAAAUAGUCUGUGUCAUUAUCUAUAUCUUUUAAUUAGUUAUUUAGUCCUACUUUCAUGUCAUAUUUAUAUGUUUUCAACAAAAUUCAAAUUUAAUGGUUUAAAAACUUUAGUUAGAAAGUUUAACAAUGAUCUUAAACUUUUGAAGAUGGCAGAUUUGGUCGAAGUCGUAAGACACGAUCCCAAAUCGACUGUCAGCUACAAUUUUGAUUCUGAUGCUGCGAAAAUAAAAAAGGAAACAGAUAAUGCUGACUCUGAAUCCACUAAGAUACUAAACAAGUUUCAGAUUUCGAACUCAAAGCUGACUUUUGUGGCACAUACCAACCCAGUAACUGGUAAAAUGGAUUGGAUUGUGCAAGAUGAAAACUAUGAUUAUAUUCAAGAAAUUGCCAGGUAAACACACAUCUUUAACUUUAAUAUUUAUUUUUAUAUUUAUUGUGUUGUAGGAUUAUUUACCAUGGCAGCAAUCUUGGUUGACAAGACCCGUGAAAAGGUUAUAUCCCUAAACCUAACGUAAACCCUAAAUCUAUCUCUAAACGGCUAACCUGAACCCUAAAGAAUAAACACCAAAUGACAUGUCCUUAUGGUGUUAGAUACAAUUAGCCGGAAUUUCUUAAGUAACAACAGGUAAUGUUGUAUUUUAGCGUUGGUAAUUUUUUUUUUUAAUUUUCGUUGGUAUUUAAAAAAACUUUAGACUAGAUGGACAUUGGGUGUUCAGAAAUAUCGGGCGUGAAAUUGUAAAAUGCUUUCUGGUUGUAGUCCAGAACAGAAAUGCAGCAACUUUGCAGGCUUGCAAACAGCAGCAUAUUUUGCCAGGUUCUCAUCAUAUCUGACGGUUGGGCAGCUUAUGCGCAAGUCGACAGGAUAGGAGGUGGAAUAUAUCAACAUUCAGUUAUUUUCCAUCAACACAACUUCGUUGACCCAAACGAUGUAGAAUUCCACACAUAGAACAUUGAGAAUAUGUGGAUGCAGGCUAAGCGCAAACUGAAGAGACAAUUUGGGACUAGUCGUGCUCUUUUUCCGUCUAUUUGCAGGAGUUUUCUUAUCGUUGUUACUUCGGCGAUGUAGACUUAUUUUCACAGUUCAUCAUUACUUUGGCUGACAAUUAUGGAUAAAUGAACAUACGUUUUCACUAUUGUAUCACUGAUUAAACAUUUAACUGGUUUUAUAUGGCUUUAAUUAUUUUUUAUAACAAUUUUAAAGUUUUUUUAAUUACCGACGCUAAAAUACAACAUUACCUAAGUAACAUAAGGCAUGGCAUAGGACAUAUGUCAUAGACAUCAGAAGAAACAGAUUGAUUUUGGGAUAUCAGUGUGCGGGCGUUUAAGUAAGUACUGAACAGACUUGUGAUCAGAAUGUCAUAAGCAGUAACGCAGAUAUGUAUCAUAUGUCACAUGUGAGAUGUGCUUAGUAAGUAACUGUUUAAUUUACAUUAUAUAUAUGUUCUUAGCCCAAUUUUUAAAAAAUAAAAAUGCAAAGUUAUCAAUGGGUUUGUCGACUUAUCUAAUGAGCAAGUCAUGGGGAGAUUUUUAUCAUAUUAUAUUCUCUUAGUACAUGGGAUAGUGAUCUGUUAUUGUUUAUCACAUAGGAAUAAUUAAACUCUUAUUGUAUAUCACCGAGGUCCUAGUCCACUGUACUUUAAAUUUAUGAAAUUGUUGCUUAGUUUCUGUAUAGUUAUAGAUUGUAAUUUUAAAAAUGUAUUUUUAAAACUUUACAGGUCUGGCUAUGGGGAUAUGCUACAUGACAAAGAUAGGGUAAUAUCAAAUUAAUACAUGAAUCGCACUCAGUAUUGAUCUCAAAGUAAAAUAAUGGUUCAAACUAAUUUUUUUUUUAAAUAUGUAUCAGGAUAAUUUUGUUGUAAUGAAGCCCUGUUAUUUACUUAAAAUUACAUAAAAACUUGAAGAAAUUAAAUAUACAUAAUUAUUUAAAUAUGAAGCUAUUUUAAUUUCUUCAAGUUUUUAUGUAAAGAAAAUUCAUGAAAAAGCUGUUAAAAAUAGUUUUCAAAAUCCUGCAACAUUUAAAAUAAAUUGAUUUUAGUGGAAAUUUUUUUUUUAGAAUGAAAAAUACUACAAGGCCAUUGGUCAAGCUGUCAAACUACUCAAAGAGCAGAACAAAAAGGUCAAGGCUUUAGAUAUUGGAACAGGAACUGGACUGCUAUCAAUGAUGGCUUCUAAAAUGGGUGCAGAUUCAAUAUCAGCUUGUGAAGUAAUAAUUAAUUUAUCAACUUAUCUUUUAAAUAGAGGUUUCCUUUACUACCUUUUAAAACUUAAUCAUUAUGUUGCACUCUUCCAUCACAGAAACAAAGAACUCACCAAAUUAAGCACAUUUGAUAGAAAAAUGCCGGAGAUAUAUAUAUUUUCAGUUGGAGCCAAAUACCAGUCAAUAAAACACAUGUCAAUUGUGAUAUCUGAAACAUUAAUGUUACAUCACCUAAAGAAAGAAAAUCUUUAAAGAAUUUCAGUGAAACACUUUGCAUAUGAAGCACUACUGCAUUGUGGUUCAUUUUUGUUGUUAAUGUUAAAACAAAAGCUUGCACAUUUAAAAUAAAAAAAGCACUAAAACCCUCACUAGAAAUCACAGUAAUGACAUAUAGGAAGUGAAUAGACUUAACUUAAAAAUAAGUUUAAGUGAUGGAGGAGCCUUGCACAAAUGAUCAAUUUCUAUAAUUUUAUAUAAUGAAAAGAAAUUGAAUGAAUUUAUAUUGUUAUUUCAUUUACUAAAUCUUUGAUGAAAAAGAUUAGCUUAAUUACCUCAAAAUUUCUUUUUUUUUUUUUAGGCAUUUCCACCAAUGGCUAAAUGUGCAAUGAAAGUGUUGGAGGCUAAUGGUUUUAAGGAUAAAAUUAAUCUAAUUGCCAAAAGAUCAACUGAGGUUUCAUUAGGUAAUGUAGGCUUGAGUAAAUUUUUGUCUUAUAAAAAUAUUUCUCUUUACCUUUAGAUGUUAAAGAGCAAUGUUUUAUCCUGAAGAAAAUAUUAAAAUACAUUUUAUUUAUUUCUGUCCAUGAUGGUCAAUUCAAUUGAUUUUUUUUCAUAUUUGCUAUGAAUUAGAAGAGGGUUUUAAUAAUAAAUCGAGUUAGUCAUUUUUCAUUGAAUGUUAUUUUGAAUUCUGUUAUUUAAUUUUGGACUUCUGUGUCACUAUUUAAUUUUGUCUCUAAAAGAUGAUAUAGGUGAAAGGGCAAACUUGCUCAUUACAGAAUUAUUUGACACAGAACUUAUAGGAGAAGGGGCAAUAGGAUCAUACACUGAUGCUCAUUUGAGGCUUAUGGAGGUGAGUCUUAAGUUAUUCUUGUCAUACCUAAAUGGGGCAAAAUUACUGUGGCAGGAAAGCUAAUUAAAAAAAAAAAGCGUUUUUGUUUUGUUUUAAAGAAAUUUAAAUCUAAAGGCAAUUUGGGGCUAUACACAUUUUUUGGGAUCCCUUUUGAUGACCACCUAGUCAUUUACAAGGUAUUGCACCAGGUUAUCACUCAGUUGUUUGAUGCCUGAGGGCUCUCACCUGCCUCAUACCUGGCACAUCUCUCACACUAGACCAAUACUGGCACAUUGGAUUUAAUCACCUUUAUUAAUUGGAUGCUAAGGGGUUCAUAUCCUUUUAUCCAUAUUACCAGGCAGAUGUGCAUACAAAGGUAGAAUAAAUAUUGCACACACAAAGAUAUUUGCAUACGUUGUGUUUUUUUGGUUUGCCCGCAUCACUAAAAUACACUCUACUAAAAAUGUUUGUUUUCCAGGAAGACUGUGUGGCAGUUCCAACAACAGGUAUCAUGUAUAUACAGGCUAUUCAGAGUGCUGUCCUGAGGAGAUGUAAUAGUAUACAAUCAAUUCAGCUGCCAAACGGAGUGAUUAUAAGUGCUCCUUCUAGCUUUACUAACUGUGCAGGAGCACCUUUAUUACAUGAUCUUCAAGUGGAUGAGCUCCAAGGUCUUGUAGAGCCUAUCACUAAACCUGUGGAGGUUUUCAGGUAGUACAUUUCACAUCAAAUAAAUAUUUAGAGCACUGUGCACAAGUAAUUUUUACCAAAUUGAAAUUUUAUUUUUUUUUGUCCUCCCAUCUGCUAUAAUCAGUUUUGCCAUCACUUUUUUGCGAACACACAUGACACUUUAAGACUGAGUCUUUCUCAUGCUGUGUUCACCUGGUGAACGGCUGGAAAAGAAUACUUGGCCGACGGAGUGGGAUUGACAUUAUCGCUCAAAUUAUUGUGGUUGACCGCGUCUGCUUCGUUGAGUGAAUGGGUGGGUGAGCUUAGAUCUGCAUUUUGGUUUUGGGCUCAGGUAAAGAGUUAAUUCACUAAAGCUAGGAUUUUGUAAGCAUUUAAUGUUUUGUGUUUUUUUAAUACUUCUAUUACUAAAAGUUAGAAAAUAUAUAUUUUAAAAAAAAGAACAAAAGACUCUAUCAAGACAAGUUAAAACUCUCUAGAAAGUAGACACAUUUUUAAAAUACAUGAUGCAAAUGAAGUCUGUGCAGAAAAUAUUUUCAAAAAUUAAUAAAAGUAAAAUAUAUUUAAGUUUUGUCUACAUUCAAUUCAAAUUCUUUGGCUUCAUAUAGGGCUCAUCUACACUUUUUUACAGUCUUUCUUUUUGUUAUGCAUCUUAGAAAUUUAAAUCAUUUGAUAGAAAUAGAAAGUCUUUGUUUUAAAUGUUUAAUUUUUUUUAUUUUACUCCUUUUUUCACAGAUUACUUCUUUCACAAUUAUUAUGUAUUGCAAAUGAAUUUAAUAUUCUCCAGAUUGUUACAAUAUUGAUCUUGUAGUUACAUUCAAAAGAUAGUUUUCAGUGAUAAUGUCAUUGAUUUGAUGCAUUAUUUAUUUGGCUGAAGAUGUUUUAAUUACCUUUAGAUGAAGGCACUUAAUAUUAUAGAAUCCACUUUACAUAUGUGGAUUAUGAAAGUAUUUUUUUUCUAAGUUUUUAUUCAUUCUUUAAUCCAUUCUUAUGCCUAAAUGUUUUGUUGUUAAAAAAGCUUGAUUUCACUCUCUUCCCAAAAUCAAAAAAAGUUCACCAAUGGCAGUUGUAAAAGUAAUGAAAAUAUUAAAUGUUCAAAGAUUAAAUUGUAUGUGUUUAUACAUUUAAAUGUUUUAUUUUUGCAUUAAAAUGAUCUCUUUGUUAUUCAGAUUUGACUUCAGCCACAGAAAUGCUCUUAAAAAAAAUGAGCAAGUGAAGUUAUCUAUUGAAGCUGUCAAAGAUGGUCAAGUGGAUGGGUUUGUUAUGUGGUGGGAUUUAAUAAUGGAUCCACAAGGUGAAAUUACACUCAGCUGUGCUCCAUGCUGGAAUAAGCUCAAAGAUUCUCCAGUACCAGUAUGUUUUUUUGUUGGGUUUUUUUUUUAAUGAUUAAAAAUUGUUUGUAAAAUAGAUAUACCUAGAGCAAGGUUUAGAAUAAAUGUAUUAUUUCAUUCCCCAUGACAAAAUUCUUGGACUAGCUGAACAUUAUCAUCUGUUCUUUAUGUUUGAACACCACCAACUGUUCUGAUGUUAUUAGCUCUUUGUAUUUAUUAAAAACAUAGCUGACAAAUAUUUACAGCUCAUUAUUCUGAAAAUAUUUUUUGUGUUAAUGUUAAUCAAAAUUUGUUAUCCGACUUGAAGUGCAAACAAAUAAUUAAAAGAAAGAUUAAUCACUCCAAGGCAUAUUUCUUAAGUUUUUUAUUUCUUAUUUUCAGUGGAGAGACCACUGGAUGCAAGCUGUAUACUAUCCUACAAGGCAGCAAGUUGUCAGAAAAGGGGAAGACUUUGAAAUAAAUUGCAACCACGAUGAGUAUAGUUUGUGGUUUGACACAGUGCCAACACAAAGGUUAGUUAGUUUGACGGACGAAUAUAGUUUGUGGUUUGACACGGUGCCAACACAAAGGUAAGUUAGUUUCACGGACGAAUAUAGUUUGUGGUUUGACAUUGUGUCAACUGAAAUGUACUUUAGUCUCCUGGAACACUGAGAUUUAAUUAACAAAAUUGGUUUUUGAAUAAAAGCCACACUUUGAUUUUGAUUAAUUUGUUUAAUCCCAAUCGUUCAACUUGUUCAGACUGUAGAGCUAAACUUUUUAUUAUGUUAAUUAAAUCACAAGGAUCUGGAAACACCACCAUUGUCACAUUAUUUUUUGGGGGCGCUAAAACUAUUUUUUCUGCAUUGGAUUUGUAAAGUUUAUAAGGUUCAUUUAGAUGUUGUCAGACGUCAGUUUUUAAUUAACUAGAGAUGUGGUCUCUCAAAGUGUUAGAAAAAAAAAGCUAUAUUUAAACUGAAAUAAAGUUGACUCUCCAGCCAAGUGUCUACAUGAAUUAUAGUUAAUUCUGAUUUCUGGCCUUGGAAUAUGCAUGUAAAACUGAAACCAAUUUAAAAAAAAAAAAUUAAAAAAAAUACCAAAGACUUCCAGGUUCUUUUUAUCUGAUGUAAAGAAAAUAAAUGUGUUCAAUGUAAUCAAAGCACAUUUCCAUUUCUUAAGACCAAUAAAAGAAUGUUGUCUCACCUUAAGCAGAAUUGUGUUUUUAUUCUUUUUAUUUAGUAUAAAAAAAAAUUUUUUUAAAUUUUUUGCAGUGAGCUUCCACCGUGCACAUGUGGUCUCCACAUUGCCUUUAGCAGAAACAGAAUAGGACAAAUAAAUGAGCAUGAGAGGAACAGUCUUUUUGUUCAAGUCCUUCAAAAGGUGAAUUUUGCUCAUAUCUUUAUACUUUUUGUAUUUUUUUUCCAGUGUUGAUUCUAUAUUAAGAUGUCAAUAGUGAUAGGUCUAAUACUCAUUAAGAUUCUAUUUCUUGUACCUUAGCUCAUUUCAGAUAAAGCAAAAUUUCUUGUAAUUUAAGAAAGUAAUUCUUGUACCCUAGCAUAUUUCAAAAGACAGAAUAUGUCUUGUAAUUUCACCUAUCUUUCUUGUACCCCAGCACAUUUCAAAUGAAACAGUGUGUCUUGUCAUCUCAGAUGGCACUUUACUUCCCUUGAUUGCUGCAGCUUUAGGAGCUAAAAAGGUUUGUUACAUAAUUUUAUUCAUGCAUUUCCUCAUGGAAGCUGUUUUAUUACCCGAGCAGUGAACAGUUUUAGUCAGUAAAUUUAGUUUGAAAAAUUCCAUAAACACUUAAUUGCAAUUUUUAACGUGAUCAAAAAGUAUUUAUUGCUGUAAAUCAGCAGUUUUCAUCCGCAUCACCCUGGGGUGCCUCAACAUUAUUCUAAGGUGGCAGGAAACUUUUAAUGAAAGCAAGACAAAACCCUGAUAAAUUUGUUAAAAUUCAUAGACUAGUAAAUUCCCAAACUUCUCUACUAAAUUACUUCAAUUGGACGUAAUCGUGAAUAAAAGUUAUUAAUCCAGAAAUACAUAUCCCACUCCAACAUGUGCUAUUUGGGGAUUUACCUUGUCACAUAGAAUAAUGUUACUAGGCAGUUUACUAAGACUUUUUAUUAGAACCAUGAUCAUCUCUUGCAAGGGUUCAUUGUCGUUGAUACUGAACACAUUUAAAAAUUUCUUCCACUAAAGUAGUUUAUUUUGUUUAUGGUAUCAAAGUCCCAAAAAAAUGUUGAAAACUACUGCUUUAAAUGAAUGCAGUAAAAUAUUAGUGGCCUUUUAUUAUAAACUUAAAAUUUUAAUUUGUAUUGUUUUACUGUUUUAGGUUUUCUACCUUGAUUGUAACGUAUCAUGUCGAAGCAUUGUCCAAAAGUUGGUUAAACACAAUUGUUUACAAGACAAAGUGCAUGUUAUUGAGAAAAAUCUGGAUGGUAUUACAGCUGAAGACUUAAAUAACUUGAAGGUCAUAAAAAUUAAUUUUUACUGUUAUUUGUAUUUUAUCAUAGUCUGAUAGAAGAUAUUUGACUAAAAUAUUUGCCAUAGUUUUAUUUACCUUUCAUUACAAUUUUAUUUGUUUUUCUACACAGCAUAUUUUAAUUUUCUGAAUACAUUAAAGAAAAAAUAUUUUUUAUUAUUUUCAUACUUAUUAUAUAUAUAUUACUAUUAAAAAUUAAACUUUAUUAACUAUCACUUAGAUUGAUGUCGUUAUUGCGGAGCCAUUCUUUCAAGCAGCCCUGCUUCCAUGGGAAAAUUUGUACUUUUGGUACGCUUUACAUUCCCUGCAAUCUCACCUUAGCCAGUCGGUGGUUAUUUUACCUCAAAGUAUGACGGUCAAGGCUAUAGCUGUUGAGUUUCAAGAUUUACAGAAAAUCAGAGCUCCAGUUGGCAAUUGUGAAGGCUUUGAUAUCUCAGAGUUUGAUAGGCUUAUAGAGGUAUUUUCUCACCUAAUAUUUCAUGUCACUUGGGCAAGUUAGAUUAUUAAAAUUGAUGGAUAAAAUUAUUUUCUAAAUUAUUCCCUCCUUGCAGUGCAAAUUUUUAAUAUUGGGGUCCUCUGAAUUAUCUUGAUCAUGGUUUUUGCUCUUCUAAAGACACAAUUUAAUAUUUCUGUCUGAAGGCUUGUAUAUAGACAUACCCUGUACCAAAUUAAGUAUGAAAAUGUAUUCCCCUUUUUAGCAUUAGAAAAUUUAAUUUUAAAUAUCUUUUCAAGCUAGUCAAUUCUACUUAGUUAUUCUACCAACAGAUCUCAUCCAGAUCGGCAGAUGAUGAUAUAGAGCCCCAACCUCUUUGGGAGUAUCCAGCAGUGGCACUUUCUCCUCCAACAACAGUUGCCAUGCUUGACUUCACUUCCUCUCCCGAAGCCUUAGACAAGUUGGCAUAUACCAAAGAAUUGAUUUGCUGCAGGUGGGGUUAAUUUUAUUGUAAAAAAGAUAAUUUAAUUUUCAAUGUAUUCCGUCAGUGCUUUUUUCCUUGGUUUGAUUAUUACUGCAAUUUUUUUUUGUCCUAAAUCCAAAUGCAUUAAAAGAUUAUUUUUUUGUAUUUGAGGAUGAAAUAGUUUGAAAAAUGGCGGUCCUAAAUCAGAUAAUUUUAGAUUUUUAUAAAGGGCGUAGGUGACUGAUAACAUCUUAAUUAUAUAAAAAAAAUGAUCGAGUCCUCUAAUGUAUCCGAAAUGGUGACAUUUCAUUGGUCCACUAUUUCCCAAUUUUUUCAUUGGUGUAAAUAGUUGCAACCAUGAUUUUAAUUUUUUUCACAUGUGCGUAAACCAGUUUAUUUCCUUGGGAUUUCCAUCCUAGUGUCUCAUUUCUUAGGAUGACUCGCUAUCGAUGGCAUCAAUAUUCAACAAAUUUUGCUAGAAAUAAUUAUACACUCUUCUAAGAUGCCUUAAAAGGGUUACAGAUAUUGUAAAAGCAAGAAAAAAAUUUAAAAUCUAGAGGAACUCAUUCAAGGAAAAUAACAGAAGCUUUGAAUUCAAGGUAAGUUUACCAGUAGUAUUACUAGAAAUUAGGAUCAGGGUGCUGAUAGUAAUAGAGGUAGAAGUCUCUUUGUAAAACUUUGUAUGCUCAAUGUUAUUGGUGUGAUGAUGCCAUGCCUGAGUGUCCAUUGUUUAGUUUACGUGAGGGAUUAAAUAAUUUGAACUUGUUGAACCCUCUUUAGUUUUGUUUACAUGGUGAUGGAUGAGCCUUAUUUAGGGCCUUAGUGUGGUGGAAUUCGAAUUUAAAAUUUCAAAAGAAAAAUGUUUGUCCUCGGGCACAAAGUGGCAAUAAAUAAGUUAUUAAAUCAUAAGAAGGCCUCAGUUAAUAAAGACAGCUUAUUUUAACACUGAUGAGAAUCCAUUCUUGGCUUUAUUUUGAUAGGGAUAGGGCAUACAACUAAAAUUUCCUUUUUUUUUUCUUCAAUUAUAGGCCUAAUGCAAACUCUAAUUAUUCUACCUUGGAUUAAGAAAUUGGUUUUAGUUGAUGUUUAUGUGUUAAUUUUGUUAUUCCAGUUCAUCUAUUAAUGCUGAAUUGAGUGAGCCUCUAGUAAUUACUGAACCCCAAAACUGUGGUAGAUGGAGCAGAAGUUCACUGUCUACAAGAAUGCUACUGAGGGAAUACCUAAUGACUUGUACACGAUUGUGCAUCAAAGCUUUCUUCAUUCUCUUUUAUCAGCAGUGGGAUGCACAAAUUGAAGAGGCAAUAGCCUACAGCUGAUUACAAAAAAUUCAAAUGGUUUGGCUGCUCAUUUAAAAUGAACUAUUCAGAUCGUGGGUCAGAAUUAGCAGUUGGACAUUAUUUACUGAACGAUAAUAAUAAAAGGUUGUAAUGACAUUAGGCAUGCAAAGUUACAGUCUCUCUUUGUUUUCCCGUUAUGAACAUUAAAUCGCAAAUGCACCUCAAUAUGUAUUAUAAAUUAUGCAAAACUGUCGGCACGGCAGCGAAAAAAGUAGCAGAAGAAGCAAUGUGCCAAGCUACUUGUCCGGUUCAGAAAGAGCAACAGCUGCGGACCUCCAACCAGACAAAGACAUAAGCAACACAGGGUGCCCCAUUAAGACUGUGUCCUAUGAUGGCACAAGGAAAGAUGUGGCCAAUCAUUGCACAACGGUGUUACAAUUGACGUGGAUAGUGGCCUAGCUUCGGAUACUCAAGUCAUAAGUAUCUAUUGUAAAAUGUGUGCCAUUGGGCCAAAGCGAUGUUCACCUCAGUUAGUGAACUGGAUGAGGAUGGAACUGGAAGCACACAAAAAUAAAUGCCAGAAAAAUACAGAUUGUUCUUCAAAUGCAAUAUGCAGCCAGGAUUAUCUUUUUUCAAGAUCAAAUGUUAACAACAGACAAUUAAUAUAUAAUUAAAAUUAAUGGCGCAAUGCUUUGCUAAGGUGUUGCAGAAGCUUUCAACAAGUUCCAGAAGUGCUAUGAUAUUGGACUUACCAAAGAAGACUGCAUCAACCACAUAGCAAAGAGAAUGUUUAAGUUUAAUGCAGCUGAAAGUUUAAAAAGCAAAUAAUCAAACUUUAAAUCACUAAUGAAGCUAACAAAAAAUUGAAUAAAGUCGUAGAAGGUGAAACAUAUGUUCCUGGGGCAUUCAACAUUUUGAUUUACUAAUGAUAAUGUGCAUUAUGCUGCACAUACACACAAAAAUAUGUUAAACUUAAAGUUUGAAAUUAAUUUUUUUUUCAUGAUUGUUUUUUUUUUCCCCUGUUGUUUUUAAAUGUACUGUUCUAACAUCUCAUCUAUUAUAAAAGCUAGUCAUAAGAUUUGGUGUGUAUCUUCAACUAUUUUGUAGGUGAUGAUGUAUAGGACAAAUAAUGUGGUUCUUUACUUUUAAAAAAAUAAUUUUUUAUGUUUCUGUGAUAAUGAAUUUGAGCCAUCACUGUGACAAAGCAAAUACAAAUUAUUUUUUCUCCUUAAGUUUGGAGAAAAUUAAAAGUAGCUCUACCGCUAAACAUGAGUCAAUUAUUUUUUAAACAAUAGGUGAGUUUACUUUUCAAAUUUUAGAAAUCUACAAAAAAUGUGUUAUUUUCAAGAUGGCCACCAGUUUGACAUGGCAACUAUAACAAUUUCUUGUAAAGCAUGAAAAUGUGUCUCAGUUCAUAGCUAAACAUGACCAUAAUAAAAUAUUUUUCCAAGUUGAUUAAUGUAAAAAAAAAAAAAAUUCUUUGAAAGCCUACCCCCUUAAAUUGUCUGAAGUAAAGCAAAUUCAAUGUAAAAAUUUUAAAGAAAAAAAAAAAAAUGGGUAGGAUUUUCAAAAUAAAAUUUUUAAAUGGUGUGUUCAGGGAAAACACUAAAGAACAUUGGGGUAGGUAAGACAAUAUGAGUUUAUUAUAAUGGUUGUGUUUGUAAAGUUUGAGUUAUUCCAAUUAAGAGAUGUAUGGACAGCUGCCAAAUAAGAACAGAAAUCAUAAUUUUGUAUUGUGCAUCUUAAUUCUAUUCAUAUUUCUCUGUUCAACAGGAAAGGUACACUAAAUGGAGUAGCUUUCUGGACAGAGUUCAGCUUUGGUGAUGGCAUCCAACUGAACAGUGGUGUAGUGGACAAUGAUUGGCAGGGAGAGAAGAUAAGGUAAGUAGUAUCUCAUCAUUGUGCUCAAAGAGUCAAUGUAAUAAAAGAAUUCAUUCUUCUAUAUUUUAAGGGCCCACAAUCAAUUUAUUGAUCAUUUUGGCUCCUAUCAGUAGAUUCUGUAGUCGUAUUCACUUAAAUGUAAACUAAUGAAUCUUACCUCAUUGUUGGCAGAUGGGACAUGUUUUCUAGACAAGGUGUAAAGCUCUACAGACAUGGACAACCAUUUGAGAAAGAAGCAAAAGUAACAAUUUCAGCAAAGAUUACACCCGUAAAUGGAGACAUUUUGUUCAAACUUGAUGAAACUAUAAUGUAAAUUUGCAUACUGUGGAUAUGAGUUCAUUAAACAUCAUUUAAUGCGUUAAGGUGUUGAAGAUUCUCCUUCAUACAUUAAUUAUAUUUAAAAAACUGACAAAGUAUCAUUUCCUUCACUAAUUAUUUUAUUAUGUUACCUCUACAGUCACAGUAAAUACAUUCAGAACAAAACUUACAAACUUUCAAUUUAUAUGAACACUUCUAAUAACCUUCAGUUCAUUUCUGCUUUAACAGACUGAGCACAUAUUUACUUAUUACGUAACAUAAUUAUGAAAAACUUCACACAAAUAUCAUGAAUAGCAUUUUAUUUAAUGUAUGAACAUGUGAUGAUUAACUAAAAAAAAUUGAGCAAAUUUAAAUUGUUCCAAGAUAUUAAAAUUGCUUUAAGCUUUCAGAGCAUGGAAUGAUAUACUAAAUACAAACUUGGAUGAAUAAACAAAAAAAAUUUAUUAAAAGC